AUGGAAGUCCUUCAAGUCGCCUCAACACCAUCACCCCCCGCCGACAUCCACACACCUCCCACCCCCAAACACGGAUAUAGCGACAACUGGGAGCCUUUCUCUCCUCGCAAAUCAGCUCGCCUAUCAUCACAGCGCAGUGUCAACCGCACCCCUUCCCCAAAGGUCUCAGCGCGUCAUCAGCUCGUAUCUCACUCCCGGUCACCAAAGUCCUCGAAGAAGCAUCGCUCCGAGGUCACCAUCACCACACCUGCCACCUCACCUCAGAAGAAGCGCUUCCCAACCAUGGACUCCGUCCGUCGCGCCUCUGGUCCCCUGACCGCGGAGAGUACUAGAGAUGCAGCCGCCGCCCUUGGUCUGACCAGCAAGACCACCAACCGCUCCAGCACUACCAACCACUCAAGCAGAACUGGCAUGCUUCCCACUCCUGCCAAGACUCCCGCGCGAAAGCAUCCCCAGCAAAACGAGGCCAGUAUCAGCGCCAUCGCGCGUAACCUUUUCCCGGCUGAAGACGAAGUGCUCCCGAGCCCCAAGAAGAAGCGAGCCAAGAAAUACACUGGCAUUUCUAUGGACAGCUUCAUGGCUGAGGAGCCGCCCAUUGAGAUCUUCACCGACUCUCACGAGCGCAUCCCCGAGGUCGACCGCAGCUCUGACAACCCGUUCUACGGCCCAACCGUCCUUCCCGCUCCUGAGCCCACUAAGCGCAGGAGCAAACGCAAGAACGUUGUUGUACCCGGCGAAGGUGCGCAGACGGUCGAUGAGGCGAUGCAACGUGAGGAUGGCCUCGUCUAUGUUUUCCGUGGAAAGAAAAUGUUCAGAAAAUUCGCUGAUAAGGGAAGCGAUGAGGAGCUUAUCGACGAGGACAGCCUUACCGAGAGUGUUGCAGCUGAUCAGAAGCCUUUGACUCGCUCAUCCAUCAAGCCUCGCCUCUUGUUCCCGCCCCACGAGAAGGCGCAGGACGAGGCUAUCUCAUUUGAGGAUGAGGAGGCUGAGACCGAUAUCGAGGAUCACGUCAACUCCCAACUCGAUGUAGAGAACUUCGAGACUCCCGCUGAGGCAGUUGAUGUCAUGCCCGGCACACCUGAUGCGCCCAAGUUCGCCCCGGCUUCUCCACCUGAUUCUCGUCGCACCACUCGCUCCGGAAACAAGAACGCCGAGGAAGCUACUCCUAUCAAGCCUCGCGGCAGCAAGCGAAGCCCCUUCGACAGCUGGCGCCGGGUUAAGAACGGCGCAGACAGCCAUGGUCAUAAGCGACCGGGCAGUCCUCUCAGCAACGAGGCCGCCUCUAAGCGAACUCGUGCUUGA